CGGUCUCCUUCGCUGAUUCACUGGCCUCCUCUUCCCACCACAUCGCAGCCAUGGCCUUGGUUCUGCAGCUGCUGCUGCUGCUGCUGUCGAGGGCCCAGGGGAACCCCGGGGCUUCACUGGACGGCCACCCCGGGGACCGGGUGAAUCUCUCCUGCGUAGGGGUCUCGCAACCCACCCGCUGGGUCUGGGCACCUAGAUUCCCGGCCUGCAAAGGCCUGUCCAAAGGACGCCGCGCGAUCUUGCUGGCCUCACCGAGCGGGACCCCCACCGUGUCUCCCGUCCAGCCCUUUGCUGGCCGCCUACGUGCCCUGGACCUUGAUAUCCGGCGGCUGGAGCUGCUCCUGAGCGCGGGGGACUCGGGCACCUUUAUCUGCAAGGGCCGCCAAGAGAACCAGAGCCGUACGGAGCUUCACGUGCUGGGGGACCGGGCCUAUUGCAGAGCUCCGGGGCCUACCCACGGGCCCGUGUAUCCCCAGAUUCUAAUCCCGCUGCUGGGCGCUGGGCUGGUGCUGGGACUUGGAGUAUUGGGCUGGGCCUGUUGGCUGCGCAGGCGCUCGCCCCCUCACCCGCCUCGACCACCCCCCAGAUUUGCUCUGUCCCCCCCACAUAGUUCCACUCGCGAAAGCGGAGCCCCAGAGGCCAGUAGAGGAGGAAGAGUCCAAGAUUGCAGGGGACCUGGACCAGGAGCCGGUAAAGGCUUGGGGAGCCUGCUCUACGCAGACCUGGAUCAUAUGGCCCUCAGAAGAUCCUGCCGACUGUCCCCAGUGGUCCCUGCUGAUGCCUCCACCACCUAUGCGGUUGUAGUUCGAAAGGCAGCCUUUACUACCUCACAAGCUGGGGGCUCCCAGCUCUCCAUAACACCCCUCCCCUUCUUGGCCCUUCACCUGGAAAAGGAAGGCACCAUGGGGUAGAAAUGAGCACUAGACUGGGAGUCAGGAGACGGAGGAUCCAGGCUAUCUCUGCUGCUGAUCUUGGUCCUUCCUUACCCCCAUCUCUCACACAGCUUUCAGGUCUCCUUCACCACUGAUGUCCUUUCUAAACCUGAUCAAGCCCUGUUUCCCUAUCUUAAGACAUCAACGACUCCUAGAUUUUUGCCCUAUCUCUUCCCUUCUCUCCACAGUCAGGCUCUUUGAACCAAGGGCCUACACCUGUCUCUUCCAGUUUUCUCUUCACUCCACUCCCACUGCUCACAUGCUCUCCAUGAGAUUGCCAGUGAUGUCCUAAUAACCACACCCACUAGACAUUUAUUAGCAUUCAUCUGGCUUGGCCUUUGAUCGCUCUUAUUUAAGCUCUGUUGUUCUUUAAUGCUGUUGUCUUCCUUCUGGACUCCUCCUCCUUGCUCCCUUCCCCUACAGUAUUCUCCACCAUUCCAGGUUUGUCUUUUUCUUUAUCUGCCUUCUCCCUCUCCUGGGAUGCUGUCAUCCACAGCCAGUCCUCAGCCUUUUUCUGUGCAAGCAACAUCCAGAACUCUCUCCAGUUCAGAUCUCUGAUAUGAGAUUUCCAAACUGUCCCUCAGACAUCCCUGCCUGGCUGGCCCUAGGCAUUCUGCACAGAGCAGGUCCAAAACCCAACUCACUGUCAUCUCCCAAGCCACUUAAUCCUUCCUCCUCUGCAUUCUCUCUUGAUCAACCCCAUUGCCCAAGCCAGAAAUGGAGAGUCAUGUAGACCUCCUUCCUCUCACUUCCACACGAUAAACCAAGUCCUCUCUUUCUAUUUUAAUGUCACUGUCAAAUCCACAUCUUUUUCACACCCAGCAUUGUCACCUGAAUGUACUCUAUUUCCUCCCUGGAUUACCCAUAGCCUCACCUCAUCCUCCUGCCCUUGUUCUCCUCCCUGAAGCUAAAGAGAUUCUCCCCAAAUGCUAACCUGCUCCUGACAGCCUGUAUUUCAGCUCUGGGCCCAUGGGCCUCAGCUUUGGGUUCAAGGUGCUACAGUACUCUACUUACUCUCCAGGCUUAUCUCUGUCACUCAGUGCCUAGAACAGGACAGCCUUAGAGAAAUUCUCCCCAGCCCCCAAAUGUGCCUUUGCCCAGUGCAAUUCCUUCUUCCUGGAUUAGCCUUUGCCUCCUCCCCACUAUCUGCCUGGCUAAUUCUUAUUUAUCCUCAGGACUCAGUUCAAGUGUAGCCUUUCCUGGGAAACUAUUUCUGACCCACUUUGCCCACCCCUGCAUACACUCUGAUGCCCUAGGGAGCCCCCUUAUUUCUCUCAUAGCAACAGCCUCCUGUGAACUGUUCCAUUACAACCUGUAUUUGAGUUUAUAAGAAAUUUUCAUGUACUGUGAGUCCCUUGAUAUCAGGAGACUGACCCUUUUUAUAUCACUGCUAAGCCUCAGUAAAUGAGUGAAAAUGAAUAUCUCUGGAAAUGUCAUUUCCUCCUAUCAACUAGAGAUGGGCUGUUGAUCUCCCAGUCUCUGAGUCAUCUGACAUUAAAUUCAGUGAGUGAUUCACCCAUAUUUUUUCUCUGCCCUGUACAUGCUCCCCAUCAUAGAAAUUCUGUCCUGUCCAUCUUGUGCCCAAGCAGCUAUGACAGGGCUGGACAAUGAAUCAGU